AUGGGGAAGUCCAUAGAGUUAGUGAAAAUUCUCAAGAAGAGAAAGAUAAAUAUAGCUUGUGUCCAAGAGACUAGAUGGGUAGGUUCCAAAGCUCGGGAUGUCGACGGGUUUAAGUUGUGGUACUCAGGAGGCUCUAAGGAUAGAAAUGGAGUGGGUAUUUUAGUAGACGGGGAUUUGAGGGAGCAAAUGGUGGAGGUUAGGAGGAUCAAUGAUAGGUUGAUGUUGAUUAAGCUAGUCGUUGGAGGAGGUACUUUGAGUGCUAUUAGUGCUUAUACACCUCAAGUGGUCUUGGGCGAGGAGGCCAAAAAGCUCUUUUAUGAGGAUUUGGAUGAGGUAGUUAGAGGUAUACCGAUCACCAAGAAAAUUGUCAUUGGUGGAGAUUUUAAUGACCAUAUUAGGGAAACUUUCAAUGGCUUUGAUGAUGUUCAUGGAGGCUUUAGUUUUGGGGAGAGAAAUGGGGGUGGAACUUCGCUUCUGGAUUUUGCUAAGGCUUUUGAGUUGGUGAUUGCUAACUCAUGCUUUUCGAAGAAGGAGAACCACAUGGUUACCUUUCGUAGCUCGGUAGCCAAGACCCAGAUAGAUUACUUACUCCUUAGGAAGGGUGAUAGAAGCCUCGUUAAGGACUGCAAGGUUAUCCCAAGUGAAAAUCUUACCACCCAACACAAGCUUUAG